UACCACAGAUAAGACUUACAUUAUGAUGGAAGCCAGGCUGGGAGCUCUUUUCAAGUCUGAGAGUGAAUAUACCAUUUUGGACAAAUUUCCUGGAAAGGUCCUAAAAGGAAAAAAGUACAAACCACUUUUUCACUACUUCAUUAAGUUUGCAGAGAAAGGAGCAUUCCAGGUACUGACGGAUAACUACGUCAAGGAGGAGGAGGGUACCGGGGUCGUCCACCAGGCCCCUUACUUUGGAGCCGAUGAUUACAGGGUAUGCGCAGAAUACAACAUCAUCCAGAGAGACCAAGCUCCGAUCUGCCCUGUGGAUGCCUCCGGUUGCUUCACCUCAGAGGUCACAGAUUUUGCUGGACAGUACGUCAAAGAUGCUGACAAGAACAUCAUUAAGUUGCUGAAGGAAAAAGGGCGCCUGGUCAAUGCCAGCACUUUCAAACAUAGCUACCCUUUCUGCUGGAGGUCUGACACUCCCCUGAUCUAUAAAGCUGUCCCCAGCUGGUUUGUGCGAGUGGAGCACAUGGUUGAAAAACUGCUGGAUUGCAAUGGGAAAUGCUACUGGGUCCCGGAGUUUGUGCGUGAAAAGCGUUUUGGGAACUGGCUCAGAGAUGCACGCGACUGGGCAAUUUCAAGAAACCGUUACUGGGGCACACCAAUCCCUCUCUGGGUCAGCGAUGACUUCCAGGAGGUGGUCUGUGUGGGGUCCAUCGCUGAACUGGAGGAGCUGACUGGAGUCAAAGUAACCGAUCUGCAUCGGGAAAACAUUGACAACCUGACAAUCCCGUCACGGUGCGGUAAAGGCGUCCUGCGGAGGAUUACAGAAGUGUUUGACUGCUGGUUUGAGAGUGGCAGCAUGCCAUACGCCCAGGUUCACUACCCAUUCGAGAACAAGAAGGAUUUUGAAGACACCUUCCCUGCUGACUUUAUCGCUGAGGGCAUUGACCAGACCAGAGGAUGGUUCUACACCCUGUUGGUCCUCUCCACAGCGCUGUUUGGGAAACCUCCCUUUAAGAAUGUCAUCGUUAAUGGCCUGGUGCUGGCGAGCGAUGGGCAGAAGAUGAGCAAGCGUAAGAAGAACUACCCAGACCCUGGGCUGAUUGUGCAAAACUAUGGCGCCGAUGCCCUCAGGCUUUACCUCAUCAACUCACCUGUGGUGAGGGCAGAGAACCUGCGGUUCAAGGAGGAAGGUGUGCGAGACGUGUUGAAAGAUGUGUUCUUGCCGUGGUACAACGCUUAUCGCUUCCUGGUGCAAAAUGUCCAGAGAUUGGAAAAGGAAGAUGAUAUUCAGUUCCUGUACAAUGAAAACACUGCGAAGCAGAGUGACAAUAUUAUGGACAAGUGGAUCCAGUCCUUCACACAGUCUCUCAUCCAGUUCUUUAAGGCUGAGAUGGAUGCUUAUCGCCUAUACACAGUGGUGCCUCGCCUGGUCAGGUUUGUGGACAUGCUCACCAACUGGUACGUCAGGACCAACAGACGCCGCUUAAAGGGCGAGAGUGGUACUGAGGAUUGCCUGUGGGCGCUGGAGACACUCUUCAGUGUUUUGUUCUCCAUGUGCAGGUUGAUGGCUCCCUUUACACCCUUCAUCACUGAAAUGAUGUACCAAAAUCUGCGUCACCUCAUUGACCCUGCUUCUGUUGAAGAAAAGGACUCCAACAGCAUCCACUAUCUCAUGCUGCCACAAGUCAGGGAUAAUUUGAUUGACAAGCGUAUUGAAAAUGCCGUCUCCCAAAUGCAGUCUGUGAUCGAGCUGGGAAGAGUGAUUAGAGACAGGAAGACCCUUCCUGUCAAGUACCCAUUGAAGGAGGUGGUAGUUAUCCACCAGGACCCGGAGGCUCUAAAAGACAUCCAGUCUUUGCAGAAAUACAUCCUUGAAGAGCUCAAUGUGCGACAGUUGACACUUUCCACAGACAAGGACAAGUACGAGAUCCGCCUGCGAGCUGAGCCUGACCACAUGGUGCUGGGCAAGAGAUUAAAGGGGGCCUUCAAAGCUGUGACUGCUUCUAUCAAGGAGCUCACCAGUGAACAGCUAGAGACCUUCCAGAAAACAGGUUCCAUUGUGGUGGACGGCCACGAGCUCCAUGAGGAGGAUCUGAGGUUGAUGUACACCUUCGAUCAGACUUCUGGCUCUGCUGCACAGUAUGAAGCACACUCUGAUGCUCAGGUCCUUGUGCUGUUGGACGUGACCCCAGACCAGUCCAUGGUGGAUGAGGGUGUUGCUAGAGAGGUCAUCAACCGCAUUCAGAAACUACGCAAGAAGGCGCAUUUGGUGCCAUCCGAUGAGAUAACUGUGUACUACCACUGCCAGCCAAAGGGGGAGUACUUGGCAUCUGUGAUUGAGGCUCACACUGACUUCAUUCUAGCUACCACCAAGGCUCCCCUUCUGCCCUUCCCUGUCCCAAAAACUGCCAGCAUCAUCAUUGAGGAAAAUACUCAGCUGAAGGGGUCAGACUUGGCGUUAACAAUAGUGAAAGGAUCUUCACUUCUUAAAGCGCCACCAAACGGACCAGCUUGCUCCUACGUUAACCUGCGAGUAAAAGUCAACAACAAAGAACAGGAGGGCGUAGUGUUGCUAGAGAAUCCCAAAGGGGACAACAGACUAGACUUGGACAAACUGAGGAAAGUGUGCAGCAGCAUCUUUGGAAUCAAUAACACCCAGCUCAGGUUCUUCAGUGAUCGAAAUGAAUUGACAAACAAAGUGGACCUGCAGGCCCACAGUGGUAAAACUUUGUUGGUGACUUCAGGCCCCUCCCCUCCUGGCGCUGUGCCCACCACCGACACCCUGCUGUGUCCCUAUGUAAACCUGUUACUGUGCAACGCACAGCCGGCUGAAUGCCAGGCUGGAGAUGUUGGCACCCUCCUUCUGGUGAAUCCAGUUGGCCAGAAUGAGCUCGACCACUCCGGCCUGCUCUCUGAAGCUGCCAAGGUGUUUGGUCUCCGCAGCAGGCGCCUCAAACUCUACCUGGACCAGGAUCUUACUAAUGAACUGCCUCCUGAAACAUCUGUAAAAUCUCUCAACGCCAAAACUCUGUAUGUGAGAGUUUUUCCAACCACCGCUGAAGCAUAAAUCAGCCCAGGAUCAUUUGUUUUUGAAAGAACACCUUUACCUGAGAUCACCUAAGACCCUCCAAUGAUGGAAUGGGAGUAAAGUACAAUGCAAAGUUGCUUCAGAAGUGUAGAUGCUUUUUUUUUUUAUUGUUCUUUGGAAUACCUGUUUCAAACUAGGCUUAUCUGUCAAGUUCACUCAAUAUCAUUGGUAUUGCUUAAAGCACACAUUCAUGAUUUAAAAGGGGGUUAAACAAUGUGUUAAACAAUAUACCAUAGAUAUGUUUUAUUAAACCAUGUAGGUAUAGGAUGUGAGCCAUUUUUGUCCUUGACCGAAGGACAUCAUAUUAAACUCACAUUCAUCUGUCCAAUGUGCUGAGUGACUCACACACUGUAUCUUUAACUGUUGGGGUAACAGUUUACACGCUUCAACUGAAGAUCAACUCACUGCAAGGUCUGCAUGACUGUUCCUACGUACGGUAACUCAAUGGAUAGAUCAUCUGCAUAGACAUUUCAGGAAUGUCUGCUGCAACAACGGUUUGCAAGAGAAUAAGAUAUAAAUGUCAGAAGUUCAUUUGUGCCACAUUAGAAUAUUUUUGUUCCAGUAACUCAUUUGAGGAAAGGUUCCAGGAAAUGGUCUAACUUGAUUAACUGUCACUGUUACCAGUGGAUGAUUUUCUUUAUUAUGGUAAUAAUCCAGGUUACAUCCCUUCAUGGCUUAUUUGCUGCAUGCUUAGUCCACAGUAAUUAUAUUUUGGCACAUAAUUGCGAAAGGAAUUUGGGCCAUUGUGAAUUUAACAGAUAAACCUAUUGUGCUCGUUAUAGAGGGAGUUCUCAGACAAUGAAAGAGGUAUUUAAAAGGUGAAAUGGAUUUUGGGGGCUGUUGAAUUUCAGGGACACAAAGGGUUCUGUCAUUUAAAAAAAGGCAAAGAAUGGAUAAUGUAAUAUUUUAAGCGACAAGCAGAAUAAAUCAAAGGUGACUAAGAAUCUGCAUGUUCUUUUCUUUUUGUUCUCAAGACUUCUUAAUGCUAGAGGGUGACAUGUGUGUGUGGGACUGCAGUCUGACUUCAUUGCAGUUUUAUAAAAUGGGCCUCGCUUUAUUGUUUAGGCUGAGACGUUUUGACCGACUUUGAUUUAGUUUAGCAGCAAGGUCAGAGAACCAAUAUAAUAAAGUGGAUUAUUGAAGCUUGAAGUAGUACAGAAUAAAAGUCAUAUGACAUU